GCUUUGAUUUAUGUAUUUUUUUAUUAUUAUUAUUAUUAUUAUUUUUUGGUGAUGCUGGUCUAAUGGCGAGUCGGGUACGGGAAUCUCAGUCACUGAACUGAAUACUCAAAUUUUACUUGGGCACCCUUUGGGAAUAUUCUUUCCGGCGGCUAGCAAGCUAAACCCGACGGAGGACUGGGGAGGGCGGGGGAAGGCGCCAUAGGUGAGUGCAGGCGGAGCGCCAUGGCGAACGUAAGCACAGACCUGGACAAUGCAGAGGCACAGAGGCAGUUCAACAACAAUAACCAUCCCGCCAGCACCCCGGAACAGCCCUGGGACAUAGAGAGCACGACAGCCAGGCUCUUUGAGUGCUCCCGGAUCAGAGCACUGGCAGACGAGCGCGAUGCUGUUCAGAAGAAAACCUUCACCAAGUGGGUGAACUCUCAUUUGGCGCGGGUCGCCUGUCGAAUCGCUGACCUCUACAAUGACCUCCGAGAUGGAUACAUGCUGACCAGGCUGCUGGAGGUGCUGUCUGGGGAACAGCUGCCCAAGCCCACACGGGGUCGCAUGAGGAUCCACUGCCUGGAGAACGUGGACAAGGCUCUGACGUUCCUCAAAGAGCAACGCGUCCACCUGGAGAACGUGGGCUCCCACGACAUCGUCGACGGCAACCAUCGUCUCUCACUGGGCCUAAUUUGGACCAUCAUCCUCCGCUUUCAGAUUCAGGUGAUUAAGAUCGAGACAGAAGACAAUAGGGAAACUCGUUCAGCCAAGGAUGCGCUGCUUCUCUGGUGUCAGAUGAAGACCGCUGGCUAUCCCGAAGUGAGCAUUCAAAACUUCACAAGCAGCUGGCGAGACGGGCUAGCCUUCAAUGCUCUGAUCCAUAAACACAGGCCAGAUCUGAUCGAAUUCAGCAAGCUGAGCAAAUCCAACGCCACCCACAAUCUCCAGCAGGCCUUCAACAGUGCAGAGCAGCACCUCGGACUGACCAAACUUCUGGACCCAGAAGAUGUCAACACAGAGAAUCCAGAUGAAAAGUCAAUCAUCACCUACAUCGUGUCCUUUUACCAUUACUUCUCCAAAAUGAAAGCUCUGGCUGUCGAGGGGAAGAGAGUCGGAAAGGUCCUGGAUAAGGCACUGGAGACGGAGAAGAUUAUCGAGCGGUAUGAAGUCCUGGCCUCCGAGCUGCUGGAGUGGAUCGAGAAGACCAUCGGUAUUAUCAGCAACCAGAAAUUCGCCAACUCCCUGGUCGGGGUACAGCAGCAACUGCAGGCUUUCACGACCUACUGUACAACUGAGAAGCCCAUCAAAUUUCAGGAGAAGGGAAACCUGGAGGUUCUCCUGUUCACCAUCCAAAGCAAACUGAGAGCUAACAACCAGAAACUGUACGUGCCUCACGAGGGCAAGCUCAUCUCUGAGAUCAACAAGGCCUGGGAACGCUUGGAGAAGGCGGAGCAUGAGAGGGGCGUGGCUCUGAGGACAGAGCUGAUUCGCCAGGAGAAGCUGGAACUCCUGGCUCAGCGCUUUGAUCACAAAGCCACCAUGAGGGAGGCGUGGCUGAAUGAGAACCAAAGACUCGUCUCACAGGACAACUUCGGUUACGACCUACCGGCAGUGGAGGCGGCGAUGAAGAAGCAUGAAGCCAUCGAGGCGGACAUCUCAUCGUACGAGGAGCGCAUCGCCGUGGUCGUGGAGCUGUCGGCCGAGAUGGAGUCCGAGAGCUACUAUGACAUCCGGCGCAUCGUUGCUCAGAAGGACAACAUCCUGGGGCAGUGGAGCCUGCUGAAGGAGCUGGUGACCGGGCGCCGGGCUCGCCUGGAGAAGAAUCUCACACUGCAGAACACCUUCCAGGAGAUGGUCUACAUGAUCGACUGGAUGGAGGAGAUGCAGGUGCUGCUGCUCGCCAAGGACUUUGGAAAGCAUUUGCUGGAGGUGGAUGACCUGCUUCAGAAACACGGGCUGCUGGAAGCUGACAUCUCCGUGCAGGCAGAGCGGGUGAAGACCCUCAACGCGGCAGCUCUCAAAUUCACCAGCAUGGAAGGUUACCAGCCCUGUGAUCCUCAGGUAAUCUGCAACAGGGUGAACCAUGUUAGCACCUGCCUGGAAGAACUCAAACAGCUGGCAGAAAAGAGGCGCUCGGAGCUGGAAGAAUCCCGACAGCUGUGGGCCUUCUUCCAGGAAAUAGAGGAAUCUGAGGCCUGGAUCUGGGAAAAGAUGUCCAUCCUGGCCACCCAGACCUUCGGGAAGGACCUGAGCAGCAUCUUGAAGCUGCUGAACAAGCACAAAAUCCUGGCCGGGGAGCUCUUGGGUCGCCGCUCCCUCCUCCAACAGACCAUAAAGAAGGGCAAGCAGAUCCUGACUCAGAAAUGCUUUGGGACGGGACACAUCCAGGAGAAGAUCAUGGAGGUGAAGGCCCAGUGGAAGAAGCUUGAAGACCACGCGGGCUUGAGGCUCCACAAGCUCCAGGAGGCCCUCAGCUUCUUCCAGUUCAACGCCGAAACGGACGACCUCUUAGUCUGGCUGCAGGACACCUACCGGCUGGUCUCCAGCGAGGACUUCGGCCACGAUGAGUACUCCACCCAGUCCUUGAUGAAAAAGCACAAAGGGGUGGCUGAGGAGAUCGAGAAGCACCGGAUCUACUUGGUGUCUCUCCGCAAGCACAAGGUCAGCCUGUCUGCGCAGUACCGAGACCUGGACGAGGUGCAGAACCGCAUGGCAGAGGUGGAGCAGCUCUACAUGGAGGUGACCGAAGUGACUGCUCUGAGGCAGCAGUGGCUCCACGAUGCCCUGGCGGUCUACCGCAUGUUCAGCGAGGUCAACGCCUGCGAGGUCUGGAUCGACGAGAAGGAGCAGUGGCUCAACAAGAUGGAAAUCCCAGAGAAUCUGGAAGACGUGGAGGUGGUGGCACACAGGUUUGAGAGUCUUGACCAGGAGAUGAACAGUCUGAUGGAACGGAUUCUGGACGUCAAUCAGAUUGUCCAGAAGCUUCUGGACGGUGAUCACCCGAGCGCUGUAGAGGUCAGAGGCUGCCAGGACCACCUCAAUGGCAGGUGGAACCGGAUUGUGGAGCUGGUGGAGCAGAAGAAGGACCACCUGAAUUCCGUCGUGCGUAUCCAGAAUUACUUGCUGGAGUGCACUGAGAUGCAGUCUCAGAUCAGCGAGAAGAGGAAAGCCAUAGAGACCACCCAGUACACAGGUACUGAUCUGGGAGGGGUGCUGGCCCUUCAGAGGAAGCUCUCCACCAUGGAGGGAGCCUUGGCCAUCCUGGAGCCCAAGCUGAUCAUCCUUCAGCAAGAGGCUGAAGAACUGGCAGCCACCCACCCCUCCCAAGCCAUGGAGAUCUUGAUGCAGUUUGAGCAGAUCAGCGUGGAGUGGGACGAGCUCAAGAGGACCCUACAAGGGUGUGAAGAUUCCCUCACUGUGGCCAGCAGGCUCCAACAGUUCAUCCAAGACCUGGACAACUUCUUGACCUGGCUGGUGCGCACCCAGACGGCUGUAGCUUCAGAGGAGCUCCCCAACAACCUGGAGGAAGCUGAACUGCUCAUCAACCAGCACGCCACCUUGAAGGAGGAGAUUGGCCGCUACGAGGAGGACUACAACCAAAUCCAGGCGGUCAACAAGCUCCUGGCCCUGGAGGAGGCUGACCUGCCCUACAUCUCCCUCCAGCAGUGGCUGCAGAAGCUGGACGUGGGCUGGAACAAGUUGCUGGAGAUGUGGGAGAGCCGGAGGGAGGUCCUGGUGCAGUCUCACAUAUUCCACCUCUUCCUCCGUGACGUAAAGCAGGCAGAAUCCUUCCUCAAUAACCAGGAAUCGGCCCUGGCUCAUGUAGAGCUGCCCACUACCGUGGAGACAGUGGAAGCCACUAUAAAGAAGCACAGAGACUUCUCCACCACCAUGGACCUGAACUUGCAGAAGAUCAAAACUGUGAUGGAGGCUGGGGAGAGUCUGAUUGGACAGGGAAGCAUCUACUCUGAACGCAUCAAGGAGAGGAUUGAGAUCAUCCACACCAGGAGUAAAAAGAACCGAGGCUUGGCUGAGGAAUGGCUUCAGAAGCUGCUAGACCAGUGGGAGCUACAGAGGUUCUUACAGGAUUGCCAUGAGCUGGGCGACUGGGUCGCGGAAAAAAUGCUGAUGGCUCGCGACACAUCUCACGACGAGGCUCAUAAACUGCACAAGAAAUGGCUCAAGCACCAGGCUUUCAUGGCUGAGCUAGCCCAGAACAAAGACUGGCUGGAGAAGAUUGAGAAGGAAGGCCAGCAGCUGAUCCAGGAGAAGCCAGAACUGGGCUCUAUCGUGCAGAAGAAGCUGGGUGAGAUCAGGGAGUGCUGGGUGGAGCUGGAGUCCACCACACAGGACAAGGCUCGGCAGCUUUUCGAGGCCAACAAGGCAGACUUGCUGGUGCAGAGCUACGCCGAGCUGGAUCAGCAGCUGCUCCAGCUCGAGGGGCAGCUGGGCCAGGUGGACCAGGGCCGAGACCUCACCAGCAUCAACAAACAGCUCAAGCAGCUCCAGACUAUGGAGGCGCAGAUGGAGGACUGGUAUAAGGAAGUGGGGGAGCUGCAGGUGCAGGCGACCUCCAUCCCCCAGCAGGGGGCGAUCAAGGACAGCGUUAACCAAAAGCAGAACAUGGUGGAGACGCGGAUCGUCUGGCUGAUUGAGCCCCUCAAAGAGAGGCGGCGCAUACUGCUGGCAUCCAAGGAGGUGCACCAAGUCAGCCGCGACCUGGAGGACGAAAUCCUGUGGAUUCAGGAGAGACUUCCCUUGGCAACCUCCAAUGAGCAUGGAAACAGUCUGCAGGCCGUACAGCAGCUCAUGAAGAAGAAUCAGUCUCUGCAGAGGGAGCUCCAGGGACACAGGGGGAGGGUGGAUGACGUGUUGGACAGGGCUGGGCUGAUCGCCUCCAUUCGCAGCCCCGAGGCGGACUGCGUGCGGUACAGCCUGGACUACCUGCAGCAGCUGUGGGACACCUUGCGCUCGGAGACAGAGCAGCGGCAGAUCAACCUGGACGGCAUGUACCAGGCUCAGCAGUACUACUUCGACAUGGCCGAGGUGGAAACGUGGCUGAGCGAACAGGAGCUGCACAUGAUGAACGAGGAGAAAGGCAAGGAUGAAGCCAGCACCCUCCAACUGUUAAAGAAGCACCUGGUCCUGGAGCAGACCAUCGAGGAUUACGCCGAGACCAUCGGCUUGCUGUCCCAACAGUGUCGCUCUCUCCUGGAGCUGGGCCACCCAGACAGCGAACAGAUCAGCAAGCGUCAGUCCCAGAUCGACCGGCUCUACGUGUCUCUGAAGGACCUGGUGGAGGAGCGCAAGGGGAAGCUGGAGCAGCAGUACUGGCUCUACCAGCUGAACCGGGAGGUGGAUGAGCUGGAGCAGUGGAUAGCUGAGAAGGAGGUGGUGGCAGGGUCACCAGAGCUGGGACAGGAUUCCGAGCACGUCACGUUGCUCCAGGAGAAGUUCACCGAGUUUGCCUCAGAAACGGGCUCACUCGGUCAGGAACGGGUGUUGGCGGUCAACCAGAUGGCAGACGAGCUGAUCGACUAUGGCCACGCGGACGCGGCCACCAUCGCGGAGUGGAAGGACGGGGUAAACGAGGCCUGGGCUGACCUGCUGGAGCUCAUGGAGACCCGGGCGCAGAUGCUGGCCGCCUCUCACCAACUGCACAAGUUCUUCGACGACUGUCGUGAGGUGCUCUCGCAGAUCGAGGACAAGCAGAAGAGGCUGCCUGAAGUGCGGGCCCGCCAGGGAGGCAGCGCCAACACCAAUACCUUGCAGAGGCUCAUGCAGUCCUUCGAGAGGGACAUCCAGCAGCUUGUUACCCAGGUAAGACAGCUUCAGGAAAGCGCCGCUCAACUGCGGACGGUCUACGCUGGCGAGAAAGCAGAAGCCAUCGUCCUGAGGGAGCAGGAAGUGAUGCAAGCCUGGAAGGAGCUGCUGAUUUCCUGUGAGGAGUGCCGGGUGCAGAUCACCACCGCGACGGACAAGCUGCGCUUCUUCGGAAUCGCGCGGGAUCUGGUUUCGUGGAUGGACAGCGUUAUCUGUCAGAUCGGCAUGGGAGAGAAACCAAGAGACGUAUCGUCAGUUGAGGUGCUGAUGAAUUAUCACCAAGGGCUGAAGAACGAGAUCGAAGCCCGCAGCAAGAACAUGGUGCAGUGCGUGGAGAUGGGCAAGAUGCUGCUGGCAGCCAGGAAUCCAGCGACGGAGGAGAUUAAGGAGAAACUGGAGAAGGUGAUCGCAAAGCAGAAAGAACUGUCGGAGAAAUGGGACAAGCAUUGGGAAUGGCUACAGCACAUGCUGGAGGUGCACCAGUUUGCCCAGGAAGCUGUGGUAGCGGACGCCUGGCUCACCGCCCAGGAGCCCUUCAUCAAGAGCCAGGAGCUGGGCAGCAGCGUGGACGAGGUGGAGCAGCUCAUCCGCCGGCACGAAGCCUUCCGCAAAGCAGCUGCAACCUGGGAGGAGAGGUUCAGUUCACUGAGGAGACUUACCUCGCUGGAGAAGUUGAAAGCCGAGCAGAGUAAGCUGCCCCCGACGCCGAUGCUGGGUCGAAAGGUCUUCUUGGACCCCCAGGAGGCUGGCCCAGCUUGGACCCCUUCCUCGGUCAUGAGACAGACUAUCUACGAGCAGGUCGAACCCAAAACCGAGAGGCAUCCAGAAAUCACCUCCUCUUCCGUCAAGAAGUUGGGGACCACCGCAGCGUCCUCCUACACACCGGUGAUGAAUGGGACAAAAUAUGGGAGCCUGGACCCCCGAAACGAACCAAAGAUAGUCUAUGUUCAUCAGGAGCUGAAACCAGAGCGUCUGCUGCCCAAGAUCGACCACUUGGCAGACUGCGUCCAGCCCGCUUUGGAAAUCAAGAGACUAGAAAGAGAAAGGCAAGAACAGAGACUGACUAACCCUCACCGGGAGGGGGCUCAAGAGCUGGUCAACGGGACCCAGGAGCACGCAGGCGUAAAUGCAAGCCGAUCAGAUCUGCAGACGGAGAAGAAGAGGCAGGAGAGACAGACUUCUAGUGACCAGGAGAUCCGGGCCAGGAGAGACGAGCUGCCUCAGGAGAGGAGGAGGCGCGACCGGAGGCUGGAGAGGCAGUCGUCUAGCGACGAGGACGUCCCGCCACGGAAGGAGGAUCUGCGUCGGGAGAGGCACGAACGCAAGAUGGAAAGACAAGAGUCCAGCGAACAGGAUCGCUCUGAGAAGCGGACAGGAGGGGAGAAGCGGUCAACUCUAGCCGACAUUGUGGAACAGCUGCAGGAGAGAGAUCAGUCCCAGGCUGCAGCUCAGGUCCGAGAGAGGGACCCUGGACCUCGCCUCCACAAUGGGCUGCCGGAGCGCACUCCUAGACCAGACCGCCCACGAGCCAGGGACCGACCCAAACCUCGUAGGAGACCCCGACCCAAAGACCCCAGCGCCUCUCUUGGAGAGGCCCGGCGGUCGCGCUCAGCCCCGGCCCAGAGCACCUGCUCCGCUCCCCCUGCUCCCCCUUCUCACACAGCCCAGAAGGAGGGCUGCAUGUUCCGCAAGCAAGACGUGGAGAUCGAAAAGAAAUCCUCAAACAGGUCCUGGGUAAACCUGUACUGCAUUGUGACAAACGGAGAGAUGGGCUUCUAUAAAGACGCCAAGAACACCACGACUACCUUCAAUGGGGAGCCAAUCAUCAGCCUGAACAACUGCAUCUGCGACGUGGCCAACGGAUACAAGAAGAAGAAGAACGUCUUCAAACUCAAGACAGUGGAAGGAAGCGAGUUCUUUUUCCACACUAGAGACGAGACGGAUCUCAAGAACUGGGUCGAGACGAUAACGACUGCCAUCUCGGAGCACGAGGAGAUUGCGAAAUGGGCCCAGACCCAGCCUACUACCUCUUCGACGGACGAAUCGCGGAAGACCGCGGAGGAGAGGCGCCUAAGUGUCUCGUCCAAGAAGAAAUGAGCGGGGAGCAAGAUGAGUGGUUCCCCUUCUCACGGGACAGUCCCGCGCUCAAUCUUCCCCAUGUGCACCCACACACGUGUGUGUAUGUGUUCCUCUCUCUCUCUCCCUGUCUCUCGCGGGGGGUAGCAGUAAAGAGCCUAGGACAAGACACGGCACCAACUCUUAGACACUGAUGCUCCAAACUUCUGUAGCUAAACGUCUGUUUGAAAUUAUUUGCGUAAAACACGUCAAAGAUGCAUGAGCUCUGCUGUGACAGGUUACCAAUACGUUACAAAAAUGAAUAAACACAAACCGCGUCAAUUUGAACGCUUACUUAAAUGCAAGCAGAAUACUUUGAGUUUAAAUGAUAUGUUUAUUUACCAACAGCUGUGGUUUUUAGUUAUCUUUUGGGGGCGUAAAACACCUAGUGUUUCUGGCUCUUCUGCACAAUGUGAUUUAAUUUAUUAAUGCAUAAUUAAUCAAAUGUAAUUUAUUAAUGCAUAAUAAAUUCAAUUUCCUACACUUUAAAUGUGUAUUCAGUUUAAACCCUGUAAACUUUAAGAACGGAUCAAUCAAAAUUGUGAGGUAUUGAGCCAGGUGCUUUGAUAACUACCACUAAGACCACUAACUACCUUCACGCUUUUAGGCAUCCAGCAUUGCGCUAUGUUAGUUUUGAUCAAAUGCAUGGGAGCACUAAAAUGACAACAGAGACGCACACAGAUGACAAACACCUCGCUUGGAACUGUGGGAUUUGUAGUAAAACGAGCACCGAUUUGUAGUUUUACACGAGACUUCCUGCAUAGCUGCUUGUUAUGAAGUCUCUAUAUGGCGUAAUGCAGGGUGGAACUAGCCUCAGAAUGAUUGCUACAAUGUAAAACCGAAUUUCUUCUUCUGUAUGUUUCCUUGAACAUAUGUUUUCCUUUCUAUAACGAGGUAAUUAAACCUCUGCUGGUAAACUCUAAAGAUUUCCAUCAGAUGAGUAGUGAGCACUGAAGCUAAAUUCAAACUUACACUGGUGAAGGGCUAGAGAAUGAAGCUAUCUGCAAUUGCAAAUUCUCCCCAGUUUUUGCGUUUGGGAGGAUGGCUUUUGAAGCUAGGAGUCUUUGAGCAAGAGGGUUAGGUUAGCAUCAGUGCACCGUUUCCUCAGUCGAACAGCAAAGAAGACCAAUUCUGAACUGGAGAAAACAAUGUGAUUUCAAGUUAGCAUAG